CAUGGAAUUCUUGAAGAAUUUGAAAUCAAUCUUUUCUGUUAUUUUCUGAGAUUUGGAAAAUCUUAGGAAUAUAUGAAUCUGUUUAGUUGCAUCCAUAUUGUCAUUUCAGGAUUUCAGGGAGCGAAGACAAAAAAGAAGGAUGUCGUCUGGACCUGCUCCAUAUGUUCCGAGAAACAUUCUUAUAACUGGCGCUGCUGGUUUCAUCGCUUCCCAUGUCACUAAUCGUCUGGUCAAGAACCAUCCAGACUACAGGAUUGUGGCCCUUGACAAGCUUGAUUACUGCUCCAAUGUCAAGAAUCUGGGACCCUCGCGCUCAUCCUCAAACUUCAAGUUUGUUAAGGGCGAUAUUGUGUGUGCUGAUCUUGUUAACCAUCUCUUGGUUGCGGAGGAUAUUGACACUAUAAUGCACUUUGCUGCCCAAACCCAUGUGGAUAAUUCAUUUGGGAACUCGUUUGAAUUCACUAAUAAUAAUAUCUAUGGCACCCAUGUGCUCCUUGAAGCCUGCAAGGUCACUAAGCGAAUCAAGAGAUUCAUCCAUGUCAGUACUGAUGAAGUUUAUGGGGAGACUGACUUGGAUACUGACAUUGGAAACCCUGAGGCUUCUCAGCUCCUUCCGACUAAUCCUUAUUCUGCUACCAAGGCUGGAGCUGAAAUGCUGGUCAUGGCCUACCACCGCUCUUAUGGCCUCCCAACAAUCACAACACGAGGGAACAAUGUCUAUGGCCCCAACCAAUUCCCAGAAAAACUUAUCCCCAAGUUCAUUCUUCUGGCCAUGAAAGGGGAGCAGUUGCCUAUUCAUGGCGAUGGAUCAAAUGUCAGAAGCUAUCUGUAUUGUGAAGAUGUUGCAGAGGCAUUUGAAGUAGUGCUGCAUAAAGGGGUGAUUGGGCAUGUGUACAAUAUCGGCACCAAGAAGGAGAGGAGUGUUCUAGAUGUGGCUGAGGACAUUUGCAAGCUGUUUCGGUUGGAUUCGAAACAGGCUAUAAAUUUUGUCCAUGACAGGCCUUUUAAUGACAAGAGAUACUUCUUGGAUGACCAAAAGCUCAAGAAGCUUGGAUGGGAGGAAAGAACUCCAUGGGAGGAAGGGGUGAGGAGGACAAUGGAGUGGUAUACUAAAAACCCUGGCUGGUGGGGUGAUGUUAGCGCAGCCCUUCACCCCCACCCUCGAAUCUCAAUGAUAGCUUUUCCCAAUGAUGACCAGUGUUUCUUGCAGUAUGGGUGCGACAAAGACUGCAGUAAGAGUUCGGGUUUGAAGUUCUUGAUAUAUGGGAGGACUGGUUGGAUAGGGGGCCUGUUGGGAAAACUUUGCAAGGAUGGUGGAAUCGAAUUCGAGUACGGGAAAGGAAGACUGCAAGAUAGGAAAACACUCAUGGAGGAUAUAAGGAGGGUACAGCCGACCCAUGUUUUCAAUGCUGCCGGUGUGACUGGGAGGCCUAAUGUUGACUGGUGCGAAUCUCACAAGGUUGAGACCAUAAGGACUAAUGUGGUGGGUACCUUAACAUUGGCAGAUGUCUGCAAGGAGCAGGGUCUCUUGAUGAUGAAUUUUGCAACUGGCUGCAUAUUUGAGUAUGAUGAGGAGCAUCCAGAAGGGUCAGGAGUUGGAUUCAAGGAAGAAGAUAAGCCCAAUUUCAUAGGUUCCUUCUACUCCAAAACCAAGGCCAUGGUGGAAGAGCUCCUAAGAGAGUAUGAGAAUGUAUGCACUCUUAGAGUCCGGAUGCCAAUAUCAUCAGACCUCAGCAACCCCAGGAACUUCAUAACAAAGAUCGCUCGAUACAACAAAGUGGUUAACAUCCCCAACAGCAUGACAGUACUAGAUGAGCUCCUACCUAUAUCGAUCGAGAUGGCCAAGAGGAACUGUCGAGGAAUAUGGAAUUUCACCAACCCAGGGGUAGUGAGCCACAAUGAAAUCCUAGAGAUGUACAGGGAUUACAUAGACCCUGGAUUCGAAUGGGUGAACUUCAACUUGGAAGAACAAGCCAAGGUUAUAGUUGCACCAAGGAGUAAUAAUGAGUUGGAUGCUUCCAAGCUCAAGAAAGAAUUCUCUGAACUCUUGUCAAUCAAAGAGUCAAUCAUCAAGUAUGUCUUCGAACCCAACAAGAAAAGUUGAAUCUUCAUGCUUUGCUCGACUUGGCUCUAACUUGGAAAAGCGCAGGAAAAGAACUGGAACUACUGUUGGGAGGAGUAGUUUGAUCAGAAAAUACGUUUCUCUAAGUUAAAUAUUAUUUUAUAUUAUGCCUUACUUGUGCGUUGCUAAUUCAUUCAGAAAGUUUUAGCAUAAGUAGUUGGAACCCAGAAACCAUUAAUGUUCAUGUAAUAUUUUUAGCUUGCCUUUUUCAUUUUUAAUGGAAAGCAUGCAUUUUCUUUGUAGGACCAAAUGUAUCUUAUUGCUUAUCUGUUACUGGAA